UUAGUUCCCUACGUAGUCACAAACCCCUCACCAGAAGAUCUAGUAGAGGUUAGUUGACAGUCCAGAGAUAUUUAUCUACCCCACAAAACCUGCAGCCAUUUUCCCUGUUUGUGUGUUCCUGUGCUUUCCGGCCUGUGCUGUGUGUGUUUGUGUGUGAAGGAGAGGUCCGCGGCCUGCGGGGGGAUGACAUGCAUGUGUCCAGGCAUUUAACAUCAUUGAGGAUUUUAAGACUAGUAGGCUGCCCUCCGCCAAGGCAUGAUGGACAUUCUGUACACAGGCCCUGUCCCGGCAGACCGCGAGUCUCCGAUGACGCGGAGCGAGACGUCCCCCAGCCGUGCCCAGCAUCCCUCCCCUACACAGAAACCCAACACCUGCUGCUUCUGCUGGUGCUGCUGUUGUAGCUGCUCAUGGAGUGAAGAUGACAAGCGUGGGCGGAGGAAAGCCCAGGAGACAAAGCUGGAGCCCUUUCCAUGUGAACUUUGCCCCAAACCGACGACAGAGGAGAUUAAACAGUGGGCGCAGUCUUUCGAUAAGCUGAUGAAGAACCCAGCGGGGCGAAACAAGUUCCGUGAGUUCCUGCGGACGGAGUACAGCGAGGAGAACAUGCUCUUCUGGCUGGCCUGUGAGGACCUGAAGAAGGAGAUCAACAAGAGUGCCAUCGAGGAGAAGACACGUUUGAUCUACGAAGACUACAUCUCCAUCCUCUCGCCCAAAGAGGUGAGUCUGGACUCUCGCGUGAGGGAAGUGAUCAACAGGAGGAUGCAGGAUCCCACCCCUCACAUAUUUGAGGAUGCACAGCUGCAGAUCUACACCCUCAUGCACAGAGACUCCUACCCACGAUUCCUCAACUCCUCUGUCUACAGAUCACUGGUGCAGGGGGGGUCACGCUCCUCGUCUGAGUCAUAGACACCCGACUCCCUCCUCUUUCUUUCUCUCACUCUCGCCACCCAGUUUCUCCCCAUUUCCCUCCAUCUCUCUUCAUUGCACAACCACUCGAGGAGAAAGUACUCCUUUUUUGUGUCGUCACAGUUGGAUUACCUUUUUUUUUUUUGCUUACUCCCUUUUCUCUGUCAUUUUUAAGGGAAUCCCUCGUUUUUUGUGUGUAUCUUUUGAACCUGCACAGACUGAAACUGGAAUACACAGGGUUGAAAAUGCAGUUUUCAUUUUUCGAAACCUCUUUUCCCCCCCUCACCAUCAUUCCAAGCGUAUGUGGCAGCAGCAGUAUCAACUACUGAUUUUCACAGCCAUGUUUUUUUUUUUUCACGCAAACAUGCUUUGCUACUUUUAUCUCCCGACGUCUCUAGUUGAAGAGAGCUGAGAGGGCCUCUGCAAUAACACACACUGGAGUGGCCUGACCAAUCUGCUCCUCUCUCCUGACCCUUGACCUGUCCACUGUCUCUGUGCUCUGAUUGGCUCUUUGAGGCGAGGGGUCGAGAGCUGAUUGGCUGCAUCGUAAAGAGAGGAAUGGCACUUUUUCAAGGUGCUAAACAAAUGGGUACAAAACUAUUUACACACUAUUUCGAAUAUAAAUCAAUUUCCAUGCCCAGACAGGAUUUUCCAGAUUUUCUGCACUAAUUUUGAGGGAAAAUCUGCGGAAUUGAUUUAAAUAUGGUCAAAUGAGAGUACUAAACUCAUACUGGUAGCUGAAAGCAUUAUCAAAUUAGCCAAAAUAUUUACUAAACAUAAAGGCAGGGGGACGUCGAAUUUUGUAAAAGAGGGCAUAACUGUUUUGUUUGAGAUUUCUGUGUGUACAGAUUUUGUGUGGGCCUGUUGAUUUCAAGCAACGGUUAUAAGUAAAAAAAAAAGAAGAGGAGGACCGCCAAUUUUAGAGAUAUUAAACAAAUGAAACAUACAUGAGAUGAGAGAAUGCCAUGGUCUUAAUUAGACUGGUCACUCACAUUUUAAAAUGAGUAUUUUUAAUGUUAUUUAUUUUGUUAAACUGUGACCUGAUUUGUUUUUCUUGUACAUAUAUUAAAGAAAAUCUGGAACAUAUGUGACAUACCGAG